GCUCCAAGUCGGCCUUGGGUGUUUUCUCUCGAGGUAUUCAUAAUGAUAACAAUCUCUUCCUUCAUUCAACGCAACCCCAGUCUCUCUGUGCCAAACUUUGCUCACACUUCUAGAUUUAUGCAUCCAUCGUGUUUUGGAGCCCAACUGGUGUUGAAUUUGGAUCUUCAGUUAUUGGAGCAAACAAUACAAGAUGAGUGCAGGUGGUGCAUUUGGUGGUAACAGGGGAAUGAGACCCGUUCCCCCUGAGAAAGGUGUUUUCCCGUUGGACCACAUGCAUGAAUGUGACUUGGAGAAAAAGGAAUACAUCAGCUGCCUUAAAACAUCAGGCUUUCAAUCAGAAAUUUGUAGACGCUUUUCAAAGAAAUACCUCGAAUGUCGUAUGGAGAAGAAUUUGAUGGCUAAACAGGACAUGAAAGAGCUCGGGUUUGGGAAGAAUUAUGAUGAAGAUGAGCAGGAAGAAGGCAAGAAUGAGAAAAUUGAUGGCAAGGAUGUCAAAUCACCCGGUGCACAGGGUAAAACUUUAGUUAAGUGAAGUCGGAAUUACUGGGACUGGGGUUCUGAAGAGUUCUUCAAACAGGGCUUCAGGUUUAAAACAUAGAACGGACGAUUUAUUGUAACAUAAUUUGGUUAAAAAUGAUUUAUUUGUUAGAUGAUAUGUGAACUUGUGGAAAAUUCCACUGUAAAUGAAUUUUGUGAUUUUUUCUGACAUAUCAAAUGAUCAGUUGCAUAAACAAAAGCCGUGGGUCAUUGAUUAACCCUUUUCUAA